GUAUAACAUCCACACGUUACUAUAGUGCUCUGCGAAGAGGACUUGAAAACCCCAUCCCCGCCCUGCUGCUCCAGGAUUUGCUUGUCGGAACUCUCUCUUCUACGCCCCACUAUGGAGCUCCAAAGCCCUAGCCAUGGCGACGAGUUCGAGAGCGCCUGCUCGACCCCCUUUGCCAGUGCGCCAUCCAGUCCCGGUCGCGGUGGUUCGUCCUCCGCCAUCGCGGGAUUCUUCUUCUUUAGCGCCCCGUCUAGCCCAAUGCACUACGUCCUCUCUUCCGCGACCUCUCCCUGUUCUCCUGAGGACUCCCCUUUCGAUCCUGCUUCCGGUGAGUUUUCCUUCGAGUUCGAAUUCUCCUCCCGCUACCACCCAAACUCCACUGCCGCCUCUGCCGACGAACUGUUCCUCAACGGUCAGAUCCGGCCGAUGAAACUGUCUUCCCACCUCCAGCGCCCGCAGUCCCUCGCACCACUCCCAGAUCUCGGGGCCGAGGAGGAUGAGAACGCGGAGGAUGACGCGCGGGGCAGCCGUGAGGCGGUGGAUAUCGAGGUACGCGGACGGGAUCUGAAGUUCCGGAGUAGGUCCGUGCAUCGGAGGGCCAGAUCAAUGUCGCCGCUGAGGAAUCUUCCGUUUCGCUGGUGGCAGCAUGGCAAGGGAAGGGAGGAGUGGGGUGAAGAAAGCGAGAAGACUCCAGAUCCGAAGCAGAUCGAAGCAGAGGAAGUUCCGGCACCUCCCGUUUCGGCGUCCUCCCGUUCCUCGUCCUCUUCGUCAACGUCGUCGUCUUCCUCUUCAGGGCGGAUCUCAAAGCGGUGGAUCUCUCUCAAGGAUUUCCUCCACCGUAGCAAAAGCGAAGCGAGCGGCCAGGGGAAAAAGUUCUGGAAUGGGAUAUCCUUUUCGUCCUCCAAAGCCAGGGAGAAGCCCGUGGCGCACUCAGAGCCAGAAACGAAUCCGCAGCCAGCUACCUCCACGUCAAAGCGAGAGGAGGGGUUUCAGCCUCCGCCGUCGCAACAGAGGCCAAUGAACGGUACGGGGAGGCGGCGGAGGACAGUUCCGUCGGCUCACGAGCGGCUUUACACGGCGAACCGGGCGCAGGCGGAGGAAAUGAGACGGAGAACCUUCCUCCCUUACCGGCAGGACCUCCUCGGCUGCCUAUGGUUUAGCUCCAGGAGUUACGGUGCCAUUAAUAGCUUCGCCCGUUCCCUCAACUCCGUGUCCUCGAGGUAACUCGUUGGUUCUUACUACCCCCAAAUACCCCCCAAAAAACGGUGUUCCGUAUGGUACAUAUCUUGUGAUUGUUGCUGUAUUUCCUAAAUCCUUCAAGUUUCAGUGCAACCAGCCAAUUCCGCGAGGAUUUCUUGUCGUCUGUUUGGUUUUGUGUAUUUUAUCAUUACCUUGUUCAUUACUUGCUUUAAUUGAUCAACUGCAACACGGCUUUGCUUCUGCGUUGUAAAACAAAAGUUGCAGAAUAGUUACUGAAUGAACCAGUGUUAUUUGUCAUGUCAUUUGUUCUUCCAGGGGUAAAGACGGUGGUGUUUGUGAUUAA